CCCCCGCGGCUGCGCAGCCGCCGUGCCUGGGGAGCCGUUACUGGGCGGCGGGGCGCGAGGCAGCAGCCGUUGGGCGGCGCGCGCAGAGGUAAGGCGGGAGGCGCCCCGGCGGGGACACCCCGAAGGCUCCAGCCGCUCCCCGGGGGCCACCUCAGGGAAAGCGAAACCAAAAGGGCGGCGGCGAAGGGGCGGGUAGGGGCUCCCCGCGGCGCGGUUCGGCUCGGCUCGGCUCGCUCCUCCCCUCAGCGCUGAGGCGGAGCGGGGCGGCGGCGGCGGGCGGGCUCGGCGCGCCCCCAUGGCCCUGGCGCCGGGUCAGCGAGCACGGUAGCCGGCUCCGGCUGUCGCCCGCGGGUGAGUCAGAGCUGCCCAGAGAGGGCGGGCUGGACAUGAGCCUCGCGGCGCGACUCCGAGCAGCGGCCGGAGACUGAGCCACAAAGAAGUUUCCCCGGCGGCGGCGCGGCGCUCCCCCAUGCACGCCCCUGGCCGCCGGCCCUGGGGCACUGCCCGGCAGGCGCCCGGCCCCGACCCCGCCAUGGAGCCCCGCGCGGGGCUGCACAGCAGCCCGGACCUCAGCCGGGGCAAGCGGCUGAGCGUAGGGGAGCUCCGCUCCCUCUUCGAGGCUCGCUGCGCCGCCGUGGCUGCCGCCGCCGCCCGGCAGCUGCCCGACCCAGCGAAGAGGGGCUGCCGGCCCCCCAACGGGGUGCUGCCGCCCGUCAUCCCCCGGCUCACCGUCACCGCCGAGGAGAGCGAGGAGGCGCAGGGCAGCCCCCAGGCGCAGCCGCCGCACCCCGAGGGCGGCUGGCUGAGGACGGACAGCUCGCUACACCUGCAGUCCCGCCGCCUUUCCACCUCCUCGCUCUCCUCCACCGGCUCCUCGUCCCUCCUGGAGGACUCGGAGGACGACGUGCUGAGCGACACGGAGGGCAGGAGCCAGGGCAUCGUGCACCUGGAGCACGGCGAGGACACCAACCAGUCUUCUAUAUCAGAUCUUCAAAAUAAAAUUUUUCCAGGCAUUUACCAGCAGAAAAAGGCAUGGCAUACAAUUAAAACCAUGGUUAACUUACCAGUCAUCAGCCCCUUCAAGAAACGCUACUCAUGGGUGCAGUUGGCUGGGCAUACAGGGAGUUUCAAGGCAGCCGAUAGUGGGAAGAUUCUCAAACGCUUCUCAGAGAAUGAAAAAGAGUGUUUUGAGCGAUUGAUGAAAGACCCGCUACGCUCCUGUGUCCCUUGCUUCCAUGGUGUGGUGGAGAGAGAUGGCGAGAGCUACAUUCAGCUGGAUGACUUGCUUACUGAUUUUGAAGGGCCUUGUGUGAUGGACUGCAAGAUGGGGAUCAGGACAUACCUGGAGGAAGAGUUGACUAAGGCCCGUGAGAAACCAAAGCUGCGUAAGGACAUGUACAAGAAAAUGAUUGAAGUGGAUCCUCUUGCUCCCACAGCUGAAGAGAAUGCCCAGCAUGCUGUCACCAAACCCCGAUACAUGCAGUGGAGGGAAACCAUCAGCUCUAGUGCCAACCUGGGCUUCAGGAUUGAAGGGAUUAAGAAGGCAGAUGGAACAUGUAACACAAACUUCAAAACUACGAAGACACAGGAGCAAGUUCUACAGGUUUUUGUGGAAUUCAUUGAGGGCAACACAACUAUUCUGAAAAAAUACCUCAAGCGUCUGCAGGAAAUUCAUAUAAUUCUUGAAUCCUCAGACUUCUUCAAGCGACAUGAGGUCGUUGGAAGUUCACUACUUUUUGUACAUGAUGGCAGUGGGAAUGCCAAUGUGUGGCUGAUUGAUUUUGGAAAGACCACACUUCUCCCUGAUGGGCAGACACUGGAUCACAGGAUCCCCUGGCAAGAAGGCAACAGGGAGGAUGGGUACUUGUUGGGACUGGACAAUUUGAUUGGCAUCUUGGAAAGCAUCACUGAAAGAUGAGUUGAGCAUGGCACAAGACUUGCAGGGCUGCUCUGUAACUUUCUGCUCUACUGGGAUCACUCAGAAGGAAACCUUUAACUCCCUCCAGACUCCUGAGGUCACCAGUACAGAGGGAGCUGCAUCCAGAACCCAGCAGUUAGUCAUCAAAAUGACUUUACAUCGGCCCUCUAUGAACCUAAAUAACUCCAGAUUGGUCUGUAUUGCACCGGCCUAACUUCAGACUGGUCCUCAGAGAAUGAAGAUCUCCAUACUCAGGAAUCACACCAGCAUGAGUCAAGAGAUCUGUAUGGUAAACCAGAAUGAUUCAGAUUUCUGGCAAACAGAUGGGACUCCAGAUUACUUCUUAGUGAACCAGAGCAAGUGCUUGGGGAUUCAGGGUAGGAAUAACAAUUUUUCAGGGAACUGCAUAGUUUUGAAACCAGCAAGAGCGGUGUGGGUUUUCUUCCUCCCCUAAUUCCAAGUCUCCUUGCUCCUGUGUACACUAUAGGUUGGACCAACAACUUCUGCUGUAUUGUGUUACAGUGUGCACAAGGUGGAAAGGGGUGAUAAUCACAAGAAACCUGGAGUAAAGGGAGACAGCAGUUUAUAGUGUCUGGAUGCGGUAACUGCUGUUGACCAUUCCUCUUCUUCCCUACCCUAUCCCGGAUUCACUUCUAUCCAAGUACAGCCUUUGCUUUUAUGUAGCCUCUCAGGAGAUUACAAAUACUCUAGGGAGAGAAUAGCAGCCUAUUGUCUCCAAAAACGUUUGACUUUCAGACUGGGUGGGCUGUUGGAAAAGUGCCUAGCUUGGCAAGUUUGGCCUCUUGCAGUUGAACUGCAGUUCUGAAAAUCAGCCACAGACCAGGGAACUAAGGGGUUUUUUUUUCUCAAGGUUUGUUUGUUUUUAAAGACAAAGCCCCUAUAUACGCGCACGCACACACACACACUCGUGCCGGUAGCCAGCAACCAACGUGAUCUCUUAAGAUCAUGGUUUGACUGACUCUGAAUGCACGUGACUUCUUGGCCAUGUUCCUGUUCCCAAUACGAUGCUGCCACUUCAGCGUAUAGACUGGCGCAGCGAUCAGGAAGGUAAUGUUUCUGCAUUCACAGCAUUACACUAAUGAUAAUUGCCAGGCAUCCUUCCUCCAAGGUACCAGCUUUUAACUCAGGGCAGUUUGGGGGAAGGAAUGUCCAUGUAUCCCAUCCCCUAGUCCCCAUCUGGAAUCACAGGGCCAUCUGUGGUUCAUUCUUCUUUUGCUGUGGCCCGGGCACAGCCACAGAAAAUUCACAGUGUUUAGGUUAAAUCAAGAAAGACUGAAGUGAUUUCUUGUAAUGGCUUCACGUACCUUCUCUGUUGGUUGCUUCUAGUCACUAAAACAGUUCUUUAAGUACAAGCAGUAUAAAUACUAUCAGUAUUCACAUGUUCACUCACAUUCCAGGUUUUAACAUUAAUAAUGUGAUGAUGCAGUUUUCAAAAUGAGGACAAGACUUACAUUGCUAUUUGAUUUUUAAUUCCCUUUCGACAUGUAAAGCUGGUAUUGCACAUUGAUCAGAAAUUGCCGUCUUUUGCCCAUGUCCCGUGUUCAGAAGAGAUUCUGAGAAAUUUGGGAUAUAUCAAGGUGACUCCAUGCUUUGGGAAACUGAUAGUUGAAUAAUAAUUGUAAGCAUGAGCAAAAAAAGACUGUAGAGUCCAGAACUGGAACAAAAUGUAUCUAUAACAUUUGUAAUUACAACUGAAUGGCCUAGAAUAAUUUCUAAAAGGAGUUACUUCAGAAAACACACUACUGUACUAAGAGAUCAGUCAGAUUUAAUGACUUUUUCAUCACCUCCAAACAAAACAUCAGUAUUAAAAAUUCAAGCUCAGUUGGACCUAAAAGUUAGAUGGACAUAGAGGGUGUAUUCUGUGGGAAGUAAUGACAUGUGGAAACAUUUCAUCCUAAACCAGAAGUUGUUUGAAUUUGUAAUUAGUUUUGCAGUUCAGUGCAAAUUUAGACUUCUGUGGCCUCCCAGUUUUAUUUUCAUGAUAGUAUGUUAAUGAAUUUUCCACUUAGAUGUUUCAGAGGGUUUACACUUUUUUAAGUGACAGUGAGCCUUCAGUAGAGAGCACAGAUACUGUCAUUCCAGAUGCCUUCAACUUUUGAACUGCUAUGAGAUGACAAAUUAAUCUGUUGUGAAUUUCAUACAAUUUUAAAAAAAAAAGGUUGUCUUCUUCCUUUCCUGCAGCCGACAGGUAAGCCAUGGGUUAGCAGUGCUAAAGGAGAAGAGGAAGUAAAUAGAUCUCACAGGAGAGAACUUUAAUAAUCUUUUCUAUGAGGCGGCAAUUGCCAGCAGUCCAACCACAAUAAUAAUUAAAAAAAAGUUAGAAAUUAGACUGUUAAGGUGAUUGAUAGAAUUCAUUAGUGGUUUGCCCGAUUAAUCUUCAGAGUUAAAUUUCUUUCUUCUGUUACCACAUACGUGAAUCUUUUGCACCAGUGUAACUUAUUUUCUAGAGGGGCGAUUUAGAGGGUAAAAAGUUGAUGCUUAAAUGUCAGUUGAGAAUUUGAGACAAAGUUUUAGAAUGGCUGUCCAGUUCUAAAGGAGAACUAGAAGCAACACGGUACCAGCAGCUUCCAAAAAACCCACCUGCUGCUAGCACCUGGAUGGGUUGCAGUACGUGGUCUUGGGGGAAAGCAUAGAGAAUGAUCCAUUCCUCUGCAGUUGUUGAAAAGGUCAGGAGAAAAAACCACCUCUGCUAUAGCAGCCCCUGGUCUGGAAACUCAAUCUAGGUGAUAAACAGUUCUAGCAAGUUAGUUUUUAAAUGUCCCUUUGGCUUAUGAAGGGAUUAGAAGGGAAGCAGCCACAAUCUUCUGCUGCUGUUAUGGGAAAGGAGGAAAGGAGGCAGCUGUUCAUUAGCAAACUGCGAGUGGAGGACUGCAACUGAGCACUGGAGCUCUGAGGGGCUGGAGGCUGUGAGCUCAUGAGCAACCUACCACAGGGUACGGUUGAUAUCUUGAUUGACAUCGGAUGGCCCAGCGUGCCUGUCUGUGUACGCUCACGUGAUCGUGUAGAAGCGUAGCCUUCUUUCACUAUGGGGUAAGCUGCCUUGAAUAAGCUUAUCUUUACCAGAGGGUGAACGUGAUGUCUGCGCGCAGGCAUGUCACAUAGAAGAGCUGACGCAUGCUAACCAAGGGACUUCUCAUACAAGUCCAGAAUGUAGUUACUUAAUGCCUCCGCUGAGAUGUUGCCUCAUUCUGGAGACACCGCGAGCACGUGUGUUUCCACAGCCUGGUAAGAUACGCUGGCCCAGUGGUGCCGAACAGCCAACCUCUCACUUAGGCACCACAGGCUUUAAACUCACUAGUUUAGUUAGAUGCAGCAACACUUACUGCUGUAGCUGCUGCAUUCCUGUGUGAAUCUAGCAGUAGGACUUCUGUCCCUCAGCUUUCAGUGACUUGUUUUUUUGGCUUUGGACAAGUAUCCUAGGCCUCAGUUUUGUUCCCAUUUUACAGAUGAGAAUAGUACAUACUUACUUACCUCACAGGAAUGGCGUGAGGCUGUCCUUCAUUAUUGCUUGCAAGAUGCUGUGAGAUUUUUUUGGAGGAAGGUGCAAUAAAAAAAGAAAUGCACAAAGAGUUUAAAAGUGAUGGGUGUUGGGUCCCCACAAGGAUAUAAAUUUGGAUGAAACUUAACCAAAGUGGUAAAAAUGAAAUCCCUUGGGUUUUUUUUGUUUUUUGUUGUUUUUUUUUUUUUAAUUGGGGGGGGGAAUUCAUUUAAUAUCUGAUCCAGUUCCUAUUAUAGGGAAAUACUUCAAUGGGAGUUGGACCAAACCCUUAAGUAUCUCAGAGGGCUCUUGCUAUUUUUUUUUGUAUUGCUGUUGUUAUUAUUUGUUAUUCUUAAGGUACUGAGAUCGAAUGGCCUGUAUUCAUCCACAGUGCAUCCGUUCUGAACACUACAAUGCAAUGCUGACCACGGUCACUUUUGACAUUGACUGUAUUGGUUGAGUGUUUGUUACUCUGAAGUGUGUAUGCUACUAAAUAAACGAGACUGGAGAAAAGGCAGCCGCUGUGAUUUAGUCACAGGACAGUAAUAGCUUUUCUUCAAUAAUUUCCUUCAGAAAGGGACAAAAACUAUUUCAGUGUUUCUUGUGCUUUUAGUCUUUAGCAUCCAGUAUUUCCUAAAACAAAACCGGUGCUAAGACAUCUAGCAGCUAAUGUUGGAGCUUGGUUCCAGAACCCAUUAGGUAUGUUUGCUUUAGAACCUGAUCCGCACAAAGCUUGACAGCUUCCUUCAAGGUAAGCUCUGUCUCAAA